CUAGCCCAAUAUUUGGUGAUCAUAAUGGACCAUUUAUUGGAUUUAGCCCAGCCCAAACUUGGAUCAAGGAAACUGAAACCCCAGCCCAUGUCUAUGCUUGAUCUCUGCGCUGCGCUUGCACAAAUCCAAUUGCCACGCACGACAAAACACGGGCCAGACGAAUUAUUUAUUUAUUUAUUUAAAAACUAAUAAAAUCAAUUAAUUUCAAUAAUAAACCCCAUGCCACGAAAAUAAUUCUUUUUUAAUUAGAAAAAACAACGCAACCGUGGGAAGAAGAAGUGAAGACCGCCGAGCUGACACACACCCAAAAACCCUAAUCACAGAGGCAGAAGAAUUCCUCAUUCCUCUUCUUCUUCAAACUAAAGCCCUUCCUCCUUUCUUCAGUCUUCUUCUCUCCUUCCCUUUUACUUUACCCCUUUGCUUUCCUAGUUUCCUUUCGUUUCUCCCCUUUUCCAGUCUCUCUGCUCUCUCUCUUUUUUUUUUUACUUCACCUGAGGCUGUACACCGUUUCCCGCCUCGCUGUUUCCCCACUCUCUCUCUAUCUCUUCCCGUCUCAGCCGAGCGAGAUAAUGCUUGUUGUCGGCGCCGGCGAUGAAGGUGUCGUUGCAACGCGGGCCGUCAAGGAGCAGCCCGCUCCUCUGUUCUUCCUCUCUUUUUAAACCAACUCUGUCUUUAUUCUUCAGAGCUCCCUCUUCAAAACCCUCUUCUUCUCUUCUCUCAAUGCCCUGCCACGCUACCGCUUUAUCCUCUUCCACCGCCGCCGCCUCCUCCUUCGUCCGGAAUCCUUCCUUAACCGUACCCAAGGCGGCAGCCACGUGUUCUCGCUCAUAUUCCACCCUUUACAGCGCCUGCCGCAGUGCAAUCGAAGGGACCGGGAGGACCACAGCAGCUGGAACCCCGCUCAGGGCCUGGCAGGUGGGUCGUUUCCUCUGCCGCCGCACGCUCUCAGCGGCCGAGCUCGUGGGCUCUGCUGCUGCUAUUGCAUCUGCGGCCGCUGUUGAUGGGCUGAAGAGCGGUGGAGAUGAUGGCAGCGAGAAGGACGACGGCGGGGAAGAGAAGGAGAAGCAGCAGCAGCAGCAGGGGAAAAUAAGCCGGCGGCAGAAGGGCUCGCCGAGCGGCGACGCAGUAAGUAACGCUGAUUUGCUGACAAUUCCUGGUGUUGGCCCUAAGAACUUGAGGAAAUUAGUGGAGAAAGGGCUGAGCGGCAUGACUGAGCUCAAGCAGCUGUAUAAGGACAAGUUUCUAGGGAAAGAAAAUGAGACAAUGGUGGAGUAUUUACAGAGUUCUGUAGGGAUCAUCCACCGAAACCAUGCCGAGAGCAUAACCACGUUCAUCAAAGAGAGUGUAGAUGAAGAGCUGAAAGAUACAAGCUCGGAUGCCCGCCACAUGCCUAAGAAGCGGAUCACCUUCUGCGUGGAGGGUAAUAUCAGUGUUGGAAAGACUACAUUUCUUCAGAAGAUAGUCAGUGAUACGAUUGAGCUGAGAGACCUUGUUGAAGUGGUGCCAGAACCGAUUGAUAAAUGGCAGGAUAUAGGGCCUGAUCAUUUCAAUAUACUGGACGCAUUUUAUGCUCAGCCAAACAGGUAUGCCUACACGUUCCAGAACUAUGUUUUCGUCACAAGGGUUAUGUGUUGGAUUGAAAGAUUCCAAUCCGAUCAAGUCAGAGAUUGCUUUCCCUGAAAAGAAAGGAUCGAAGAAAAUCAAGCCUAAAUCAAGGGGGAGCUGAUCAAAGGAAUCUGAGGGAGCUGAUCGGAGGAAUUCCAAAAACCUUCCAUCUCUGAAUCAAGUCAAAAGACAGAAGCUUCAACGGCUAGUUUGAAGAACUAUUUAAAGGGAGAACAGGGUCUGGUUCGGUACUAGAGAAUUCUGGGAUUCUUUGUGGUAAAGGGCAAAGGGUUGGGGAAUUAAUAGUGGCUUUGAUC